AGUUUGCACUCAGAGAAGGCAAAGAAAAACUGCUCCACUUUAGCUCUUCCCUCUUCUCUCUUUUGGGAAGAAGCGAAGCGAGGCCAAUUCGUUUAUAUCUGUGAUAUGAUAAGGGCUUGGGGCUGAGGCUCCAGCAUCGCGUGGGGAGGAUCAGGGGACACAGCAUGGAGCACAUAGGGGCUCAUCACCUCCACCAGUCCCAUGCUGAGCCAAUCAGCUUUGGUAUUGAUCAGAUUCUCAAUAAUCCAGACCAGGGUGGCAGUUGCAUGAUCUCCGGCCCAAGGUUUCAGGACUCAGACUAUGGCUUGGGUUGUAUUGUCAACAGCGCCUACAACACCAUGACGGGCAAUUACAGCAACAGCAGCCCCGGAAGCUACAGCAACAGCGCCUGCAGUAUGGCAUCUCUCACCGGCUCUUAUAACAUGAACAUUGGGGUCACUAUGAAUGGCAAUAACCUCAACUCUGCCGGGGUGAUUAGGGUCCCAGCACACAGACCUCUGGCUACUAGUGUGCACCAGCCCAUCUCCACUGGCAUGCCAACUGUGCCCUCUGUGGCCUCUAUGAACAACAUGAACAACCUGACAGGCUUAACUUUCCCUUGGAUGGAAAGUAACAGGAGGUACACCAAGGACAGAUUCACAGUGGCCCUCUCACCCUUCACUGUAACACGCCGUAUAGGUCACCCGUACCAGAACCGGACUCCGCCCAAGAAGAAAAAGCCCAGGACUUCAUUCACCAGGCUGCAAAUCUGCGAGUUGGAGAAAAGGUUCCACCGGCAGAAAUACUUGGCCUCAGCCGAGAGGGCAUCGCUGGCCAAAGCACUUAAAAUGACAGAUGCACAAGUUAAAACCUGGUUCCAGAACAGAAGAACUAAAUGGAGGAGACAGACAGCAGAGGAACGGGAAGCAGAGAGGCAGCAGGCAAACAGGAUCCUCCUGCAGCUCCAACAGGAGGCCUUUCAGAAAACUAUAAACCAGCCCCUCCAGCAGGACCCCAUCUGCCUCCACAACUCUUCCCUCUAUGCCCUGCAGAACCUACAGCCUUGGUCAGACGAUUCAUCCAAAAUAACAAGCGUCACUUCAGUGGCCUCUGUCUGUGAAUAAGUAAAAGACAGCUCAGCUGCACCCCAGGACUUGGCAAGCUUGA